GCACCCCUGGCUCCUUGGAUAGUAGUAACGUUACCAACACGGCGAUGACCCACGGACCUUACUAUAACUUCUUGAAUAACUUAUUAAUUUCUCGAUAGCUUCUACUAUAAAACAGUAGUCAUAGUGCGGGUCUUCUCAUUUUCAGGCUACCAUUUGUCAUAGCUUUUCAAGAAUCCUUUUGACUUACAUGGUAGGUUAUUAGAAUGUUUUGCCGAAAUCAGGUGUCGAGAACCACGGUAGCAAGGGGGUCAGCAUUGGAUCUGGAAAUACGACGACGGGGGCAUUUCAACACUCUUACGGACACGGCACAGGAUGGUGAGGUGCAGCGUCAGAUAGACCGCGAGGUGCGGAUGCGUGAGGGGGCCAGUAAGCUGCUGGCUGCGUGCUCCCAGAGAGACCAGGCCCUGGAGGCCUCCAAGAGCCUGCUCACCUGCAACACCCGCAUCCUGGCCCUGCUCAGCCAGCUGCAGAGGAUGAGGGAGGCCCAGGUCCUGCAGAGAGUAGGCCACAGGUCCUGUAUUGGUGGGUCACUGGAUGAGAGGCUGCCCUGCAUGGGUCAUGUGGCCAUCUCAGACCUGCGUAUCCCACUCAUGUGGAAAGACUCAGAGUACUUCAAGAGCAAAGGAGAGCUGCAUCACUGUGCUGUGUUCUGUCUGCUCCAGUGUGGCAGAGAGAUCUAUGACACAGACCUGGUGAUGGCGGACAGGACUUUGACUGACAUCUGCUUCGAGGACACCAUCAUAUUUAAGGAGGCGAGCCCGAGCUUUGAGCUCCGUGUGGAGCUAUACAGUACCUGUGUGGUGGAGGACUUCUCUCCGGGCCCAGGGGCACUAGGACCCAGGAGACAUAACCGCCUCAGCAGCUCCCUCGGCUGCACCUCUGGGAGGAGGAUCAGGGCAGCUCUAGAGUCUGCAGCCUGUGGUACCAUACCCAACGUAGAGGGAUGUGAUGGAGGAGGAGGGUCUCCACCACCUCUGCUGCCUGCUCUCUGUACAGAGGGGCCAAAGUUUCACCUUCUGGCCCACACCACACUGACAAUAGCACAUGUUCAGGACAGCUUCAGAACACACGACCUGUCCAUAUCAGCCACAGAGGACAGUGCAUUCUGGCUGCCUCUCUAUGGCAGUGUGUGUUGCCGUCUGGCCGCCCAGCCUCUCUGUAUGACCCAGCAGGUUAUCAGCGGCAGGAUCAAGCUUGAGAAGGAGCCUGAGUGCUGGACUGACAUCUACGGUGUCCUCAAAGGGACAAGUCUUAUCUGUUACCACAGUCAAGAGAGCAUGGAUGCCCAAGAGGAGCCGUUAUUCACCAUCGCCAUCAACAAGGAGACCCACAUCCAUGUGUCCGAGAGAGGGCCUCUGCACCAUACCCAGAGUAUAUCCAUCAGCACACACACCCGAGGUGACGAAGCUGUCACACACACUCUGGUCACACACACACCCCAGGACACACAGCGCUGGAUGGAGGCCUUCUGGCAGCACUUCUAUGACAUGAGUCAGUGGAAACAGUGUUGUAAUGACCUGAUGAAGAUCGAUCUACCCUCUCCUAGGAAAUCCCAUUUGGUCACAGCGAAGCAGGGCUCGCUUUACCACGAAAUAGUUGAAGGACCCUCCAUGAUUGCCAGGUUGUCCCAGUCAAGGGGACCAACAUCAGGCAACUGCAUCAUCCAAGACAGGAUCCAACUCUUACCAAACUCCAGCACCCCCCCACCACCCAAUUGUACUCCUGCUCUUGGGAGUGACGUGCAGUGACACCCACCUCUCCCAUGACACAGUGUCUCUGUACUGUACCUAUCCCUGUCCUGUAAUAGCACGCAACAGCCACAAGAGCCACUCCUCUCCAGGAACACAUACAGGAACGCCACAAAUUGGGGGCUGCAAUCACACACUUUUGCUAAUUGUAGCAUUCCACACUCUUGAGUUAUUCUGGUAAUGCAGCUUUGACCUUUUCUAGUCCAGCCUCAAUGUUUUAUAGGACAUUUGGCCAUACCUACAAAAAAAAAAAAAAAUAUUUUUUUUUUGUCCAAACCCAAUCGGCUUUUAAAUGCCGUUAAUUGAUUUUAAAGGUUAAAAAUAUGUUGGUAUGAUUUUGGUACUUAGUCUUACUUUUAUUCUUUAGCCUUCUCUCUUCUUAUUUAAAUGAGACCGUUUUGUUUCGGACACAACCAUUCAGGACAAUAAUAAUCAAUAUGAUUGCAAUUCGGAGCAUGUAACUCAAACUUGAGGAUGACAAAAAAAAACUAAAAACCUUUUAUUUGUAUGUCCUCCGGUCAUGAUUGUUGUCAUGAACUGUCAUCUCCUUCAGUGGCAUGUCAACGCUGUCAUUGAUGGCUACCCAAAUUGUUGUCAAUAUUCACUGUUCUGCAGUUCAUGCAUGAACUAAUUAAGGACCAGUGCAGUCAAAACGUGACUUUCAUGUGCUUUAUAUAUACAGUACCAGUCAAAAGUUUGUACAAGAGUGUGCAACGCUGUCGUCAAGGCAAAGGGUGACUACUUUGAAGAAUCUCAAAUAUAAAAUAUAUUUAGAAAUGUUUUACACUUUUUUGGUUACUACAUGAUUCCAUGUGUGUUAUUUCAUGGUUUUGAUGUCUUCACUCUUAUUCUACAAUGUAGAAAAUAAUAAAAAUGAAAUUAAACCCUGGAAUGAGUAAGUGUGUCCAAACUUGACUGGUACUGUAAUUCAUAACUGUGAGGUUGGAAUAAUACUGUGGUAUUGUGAAAAUGAUAAUGCCAUUUUAGUGUAAGAGCUGACUGAAAUUUCAACCUGUUUUGGUGGGAUGGAGUUUUGGCCUGCCUGGUAACGUUAAUAGACUCAUAAGAAAGAGUUCCAAACCUCUCUGCCAAUAACGGCAAAUAUUCCAUUUUCUCCUACUCACUCAAAAUACUCCCAGACAGUCCUGCCAAAUAUUCCAUUUUCUCCUACUCACUCAAAACACUCCCAGACAGUCCUGCCAAAUAUUCAAUUUUAUCCUACUCACUCAAAACACUCCCAGACAGUCCUGCCAAAUAUUCAAUUUUCUCCUACUCACUCAAAACACCCAGACAGUCCUGCCAAAUAUUCCAUUUUCUCCUACUCACUCAAAACACUCCCAGACAGUCCUGCCAAAUAUUCCAUUUCUCCUACUCACUCAAAACACUCCCAGACAGUCCUGCCAAAUAUUCAAUUUUCUCCUACUCACUCAAAACACUCCCAGACAGUCCUGCCAAAUAUUCAAUUUUCUCCUACUCACUCAAAACACUCCCAGACAGUCCUGCCAAAAUUCUUGCCGGAGAAAAUAAAUGUGUUUAUUUUUGACCAUUUGAUUUGAAAACAAAUCACUAAUGUAUUUAAUUAUUACCGGGAAAUGAUUUGAUACUGAGGAUAAAAAAGCUGCAUUGGAUCAUUAAAGUAUUUACUGUGCUAGACCUAGGGAUACUCUUUGCUAUAUACAGUGCAAUCGGAAAGUAUUCAGACCCCUUCACUUUGUCCGUACAGCUCAGAGACAUGAUUGUGUCGAGGCACAGAUCUGGGGGGUGGUACCAAAACAUGUCUGCCGCAUUGAAGGUCCCCAAGAACACAUUGCCCUGUUUCAUUCUUAAUUGUAAGAAGUUUGGAGCCACCAAGAGAUUUGUUAGAGCUGGCCGUCCGGCCAAAUUGAGGAAUCGGGGGGGAAAAGGGUUUUGGUCAAGGAGGUGACCAAGAACCCGAUGGUCACUCUGACAGAGCCUUCCAGGUGGGGGAGCCUUCCAGAAGGACAACCAUCUCUGCAGUGCUCCACCAAUCAGGCCUUUAUAGUAGUGUGGCCAGAUUGAAGCUACUCCUCAGUAAAAGGCACGAGACAGCCUACUUGGAGUUUGCCAAAAGGCACCUAAAGGACUCUGAACAUGAGAAACAAGAUUGAACUCUUUGGCCUGAAUGCCAAGUGUCACGUCUGGAGGAAACCAGGCACCACUCAUCACCUGGCCAUUAUUGUGUUGUGGGGAUGUUUUGUCAGGAUUGAGGGAAAGAUGAAUGGAGUAAAGUACACAGAUCCUAGAUGAAAACCUGCUCAGGACCUCAGACUGGGACUAAGAUUCACUUUCCAACAGGACAAUGACCCUAAGCACACAGCCAAGACAAUGCAAGAGUGGCUUUGGGACAAGUCUUUGAAUGUCCUUGAGUGGUCCGGCCAGAGCCCGGACUUGAACCCAAUCGAACAUCUCUGGAGAGACGCUCCCAAUGCAACCUGACAGCUUGAGAGGAUCUGCAGAGAAGAAUGGGAGAAACUCCCCAAAUACAGGUGUGCCAAGCUUGUAGCGUCAUACCCAAGAAGAAUUAAGGCUGUAAUUGCUGCCAAAGCUGCUUCAACAAAGUACUGAGUAAAGGGUCUGAAUAUAUGCAAACAUUUCUAAAAACCUGUUUUUGCUUUGUCAUUAUGGGGUAUUGUGUGUCUAUGUAUUAUUUAUUUUUGUCCAUUUUAGAAGGCUGUAACAUAACAAAAUGUGGAACAAUUGAAGGGGUCUGAGUACUUUCCGAAAGCACUGUACCUGUUGUUAGUGGUAUCAUCGUGGUUACGCUGGAGCAUUACAUAGUGAUUUGUUUUUUUUAAACAAAUACAUUUUGAGAUUUGCUUUACAUAUUUGAACUUUGUGUUCGAAUUAAACAAUCAAGGCCUUUAAACACUUGUUGGACAAUACUUCAAAAUCCCUUUUAUCGAGUCUUACAGAGUUGACAUAAAUCCAGUUAAGUUUAUUUUUUAUUAUUUCAUUUUAAUGUAAAGCUUUUUUUUUAUUAACUUGUUGCUCCUUUACAUGAUGUGGGAGCUGAUACUUUGGUCAAUAAAAAUGUCAAAUAAAAUGCAAAUAUUUCACAUUAUGUUAA